CCUCCAAGGCAGGCCAGGCGAGGCUGGUGGUAGGCAGCAGAAGCGCCCGCCCCGUUUUACAUUUCCAUUUCCAUUCCGGCUGGGGCGGAUUUGUGCUUGCCAAAAGGACGGUUCUGCCUCGAGGCGAGCCGGGAGAGAUUUCGCCAUGACCGCGUCCAUGAGGCAGAGGUUCGACAAGUUCUUGCACGAGAAGAACUGCCUGACCAACAUGCUGGAGAAGAUCGAGAGCAAGACUGGGGUGAAUAGGUCCCUCAUCGCCAUCGCCCUUGUUGGCGUGCUGGCUGUCUACUUGGUGAUCGGCUAUGGAGCAUCCCUGCUUUGCAACCUGAUCGGGUUUGCUUACCCUGCAUACAUCUCCAUCAAGGCCAUUGAAAGCCCUAACAAAGAUGAUGACACACAGUGGCUAACCUACUGGGUGGUGUAUGGCAUCUUCAGCAUAGCAGAAUUCUUCUCUGACAUCUUUCUCUCCUGGUUCCCUUUCUACUACAUGAUGAAGUGUGGUUUUCUGUUAUGGUGCAUGGCCCCAAGUCCCUCAAAUGGAGCAGAGUUACUUUACCACCGAAUUAUCCGCCCUAUCUUCCUAAAGCAUGAGGCUCAGCUGGACAGUGUUGUGAAGGAUCUGAAAGACAAAGCUGCAGAGACGGCAGACACAAUUACUAAAGAAGCAAAAAAAGCAACAAUAAAUUUACUGGGCGAAGAGAAGAAGAGCACCUGAACCAGUUAACUGGAAGAUAAGUUUCCUCAUCACUUCCCUUAUACAGCUUGAUGUUACUGGGACUGUGGUAGAGCAAUUUGAAAAUGUUGCCUUGGAAACACUUUUUGAUUUUAUUAAAGGAAUUUGUUUGUAAGCUUGCUUGCUUUUUUGCAGUUCUCUGUAUUGAAAGUAAGCGUUUUUAAUUUAAAACCAGUGCAGUGUGUGGCAUCUAAAGCUUAUGCAGAUUAGUUUAUUCAUCUCCUAAGAAGAGAGAGAACUUUCAGUAAUGUCUUGUCUUGCAGUUACUGUAAAAUAAAAUAUCCACCCCCUCCCCCAGCUCUGCCCAUUACACUUUGUUUCUUUGUGCAUGCAAUCUCUAUAUGGAAAAGUUCUGUUAAUAUUUGUAUGGUUCUUGCUGUAAUGUUUAGUUUUAUAUCAAAAUAUGACAGUAAUUUUCUUGCAUGUGUGUGCGUGUGCAUAUACAAAGGAAGCUGUAUGUUAAUAUGUAUCCCCUCUCCCCUGCCCCCCAAACAAUGUUGUAAACAGUGAAGUCAGGUUACAGUGCUGAACACUGAUAUUGUUGUUGCACAGACCGCAUAUAUCUGCAGUAUUCGGACCAGAGUAUGUAUAGCUGUAGAAGUUGUCCUUCAAAUACUUAAAAGCACAUUUUUGGUGACCACAUGCUGGGAAGUUAUUUGCCAGAGUUGGAUGCAGUGGAGACAAGGGAGAGGUGAUGCCUAUAUGCUCACAGAAGUGCCAUCCCACUUUACUUAGCAGGGUAAGCAGUGUCCUAGUGCUGUAUAUGCAUGGCCCACCAAUGGUAUCCCAAAGCCCAGUAUCGCUCUCUGCAGAGGCUUCACCAUGUGGUGUCAAUCAGAUCGGGUGCUCCUUGGCCUUAAACUCCUUAGUCUUUCCUUUGAAGGGUGGUAAACAGUGGCAACAUGAAUGAUAAAUGAUGCUGUGUCUUAAGGAAAAGUAGGUAGGAUUAAAUGCUAAUAUUUCAUAACUGCCCACUGACUAGAAGCAAGAUCACAUUUCUAUUUAAAAACAACCCUGUUCAAUUGGUGUUAAAACUGCACAGGAGGUAGGUCAGUGGACAGUCUCUGUACAGUAGCCAUUCAUUUCUGUGGGGCUUGCAGGCACUGGAUUAAGCAGAACAACAAAAAUGGUCUUUCCAAAUCUUGCUUUUCUUGCAAAGGCUACUUACCCAAAGUCCUGUUUGCAGGAGGGGUAUGGUUUCCCUGAAGGACUAUUGAACUACCAUCUAAGUCAGCCCAAUGCCCUUAGAAGUUUGCAAACAUACCAUGGUGAUAGCUAUUCUCUGCUGUUUGGCCUCCCCAUCCGAAAAUAAGAGUUACAACUCUGGCUACAAAGGUUUCGCUCUUACAACCAAUAGCCUACCCUGUCUAAAUCUAACCAGACCUUUAUAAAGUCACCUAAGGUAGUGGAUAUCAUCGCAUCUUGUGUGUUUGUUAAUUUCAUAAUGCCUUACCUGGUUUCCCCCAUAUUGACAGAUGGCAAAAAAAACAAAAACAAAAACAAAAAACAAAAACCUAAUGUCCUUAAGUUGUACUUUUCAUAACAAAAUAAAGGGAGGGAGAUAAUUUGUGCCACUUUUAAUAUAGGAGCAAAAGAAAGACCAGACCUGCAUUGAAUGUUUUUUUUUUUUUUACAUUGACUGACAUCCAGCGCAGCAUGAAUUUCCCCAUGGAAAAUGGGGGGCCAUGCUUGUUCAACUUCCUGUUUCGCAGAGCCCCCAAUAAUGCCUUUGAAGGACACAGCAGCCCCACAGCUAAGGAUUAUGGACACUUUGUCCAUAAUGGAUGUCAGCCAUUGUACGUGUUGCAAAUUGCUUUCUUCAACAUGAAAAGUCAUGUAAGUUUGCUGUACAUUCCAGUAUGUGCACAAUGUGGGUUAUAUACGAACAAAAUGCACGUAGAGAAGGAAGUGGGAGAGACAAUGUGUGUCCUUCUCUUUGAGGGAUACAACUCCUGCAGCUGCAGACUGCUUUAUAUACUCUCUCAGCUGAGUGCCUUCUGUUCACGAGAGAGCUAUAAAGUGCUGGCACUGACUGUUACGAAUAGUGAAACGCUGCAGUGAAAUUGCAGGGCUCUGCUUGACAAAGACACAGUUUAGCUGCUUCAGCCACCAUUUGUAGGUGGUGCUAGUUUAAAAAUAGUUUGCGAUAACUUCUUUUAAGCCGCCAUGGAGCUGAAAACAAUAUAAACUGAACAGCCAGUAGGUUUCUUGUCUGUUAGGAAAUGAAGCAUUCAAAGCCAGUCAGAAAGAGAUUUAGAAAAUGUUAACGUUUUAGCUGCAAAAUAACAGCCUUCCAUACUGUGACCUUUCAUUGCUAUUGCAUCUUUAUGUGCUGUGGAUAAAUUUAGUGCAAGCUGAACUUUAUUCAAUGGUGCCAUAAGGGAGUAAUGGGUAGACCUGUAAAUAAGUUAUUGCACUCUAAUAGAAUCAGAUCAGCUUUACAGUCUAAGGUACAAAACAGGGGAACUUAAGGUGCAAGCAAGUAGACUUGAAAAAUGUUGCUUUCUCAGAGAUAGUUAUUCUCACUUGGAGUAUCUAGAGAGUUAUUCAUAUUGAAAGAUAUGGUAGCUUGAUGGGAGUAUACUUUUGCAGCAAUCUAUUCUUCACUUGCAAAUAACUGCACUGGACUUGAUUAAAAUAUGUAAGGUUGUGUGUGUUUUCUUGGCAAGUGUCGGGAAAAUCUAGUAUGUUUUAGCCAACCUGUGCUGAAGAUGUAAUGUACUUAGAAGAAUACAUACAAAUAAAGAACAGUAUCUUACAAUAA